GAACCAGUGGAAAGCACCAGUGCUCCUUAUAUACUGCCAAGAGUGCUUUAUGAAGAGCCGUUGAAGAAGGACCCAAAGCAUGUGCUGGAUGUGAUGAAACAUUUGCACUCGAUGACCACUGCUGAUAUGCGCAAGGAAUUAAAGAAAGCACACAUUGAUUCACGGUAA